AUGCAGGUGUACUGUCUGAUACUUCUGGCAUUGGCUUACACAGAGUGUGCCCGCAAUGAGGGGAGAGAAUUCGUGUUGGCCUUCCCAAAAUCUCAAUUCAACUACAAUACAACAAGUUUGACCAUGGUCUGUGUGGGAGAUCAGGUGGUGACCUUCACAGUAUCCGCCCCACAAGCUGAAGAUGUUUUGCCAGCUACUGACUACAAAAUAUGUGGGCUGUUGUCAUUGUUAAUGGUGAUUGAUUUACCUUAUAGUCUGAUGUUGUCAACAUCCGGUGUGUCCAACAGCGCCGUGUACGUGAAAGCUGACGGCGACAUCGUUGUGUCUGCUACAGAACUUGUCUUCAGCCCCAGUUUCAGGUCACGUGGCACCUUCCUGGUCCUGCCGCUGACUCAACUGUCCAUGCGAUAUCACGUGAUCACCUACUGCCAGACCAACGACUGCUUCAUCGUGGUCGUGACGGCUCACGCUGGGGUCACCGUCCGAGUGAUCUUGGCCUUAACCAAGUACUCAAGUGUCGCGACACCUCAAGUUAGCUUCGGCACCAGGCAGUAUGGACAUGGUGACGUCAUCACGCAGUGCCUGAGAGAAUUCAGCAGCAUGCAGGUUCUAGGGUCUACUGUUGACAUGUCCGGGAGUGUUGUUGUAGCUGAUGGUGUUGUUGCUGUUGUAACUGGGGGAUCUUUUACAACAGUUAAUUCCAGCUCAAAGGACCAAGUUGUGGAACAAAUGACGCCAUCAGAUUCCUACGGUACCGCUUUCAUCAUUGCAACCUAUCCCUUCAGUAACUUCAACUCUAUCGUCAAGAUUGUCUACACGGAACAAAACACCAACCUGACCUUUGACACGUCCGUGCUCAAGAUACUAAACGAAAACCCGAACUUUAGAGAGUACACACUUACAUCUGGAGCAAGUACCGCUCUCUACUCCACUAAACCAAUUCUUGUGCUUUUAAGUGAGGGAAGUUCAGACUUUGACGGAGCGUUUGUCCUGAUACAUCCAGUAGACAGCUGGUCCAUGAGCUACACUCUGGCUUAUGUUUCUACUGGUGGGGAAUCGUUGGUCGCGACAUUGGUCACUUACAGGAAUUGUAGCUCGGACUUUUUGCUUGACGGUGUGCCUGUGAUUAUUACAAACUGGAACUAUGAAAACACAGGCACAUUUGAGACAAACAAUUUCCCUUUAGUUGGCUUGACCCGCCACACCAUACAGAACAAGGAAUGUCUGUUUGGUGGUUUUGUGUCUGCGCGUGUGACUAACAUUGGUAACGCUAUACCCCUAGGUUUUGAUGGCACGCUUCGCCAGGCAUCUGUGUCUAGCACGAUCAAGUACGACACUUGCGAUUGGUCAGUUUUCGCUGGGGCUCUCGUUGUCUCGUCCAAUACACAAGCCCCUUCUACUUUAAAAGACGAGUCAACAUUUAUUACGUCAUCCAUUGCAACCGCAACUGAAACCCUAAUCAGUUUAGUAUUGUCAGUAGAUGAAGUUACAACAACAUUAUUGAAAUUAGCUUCUGGUUACACAAGUGAGUCAUUGAUUAAUAGAGUAUCGUCAGAAAUCGAUGACAAUGCAAUAAUUUCUACAACAACUUCAGUAGAGAAAGUUUGGUCCACAAAUUUUGCUGAAACUUCAUUGAGAAUUGAAGUUGCAUCAAGUUUUAUAGUACAGUCUUAUGUCCAAAACAUUAUUACAUCCAGUGCAGAGUCUUCGAAUAGAGAACUUGGAUCCUCUGUUACUGAAACAUAUAUAAGCAACAUUGUGUCAACAUUUACUGUAUCGUAUUUGGAAAAUGAUGCUGCUUCAAUUUCUACUACACAUUCAACAGUACACGAGGUUUUGUCACACAUUACAGCUGCAUAUUUAGUAAACGAUGUUACUUCAACAUUCGCUGAACCACCUUCAGCACAUAAUGUUCAUUCAACAAUGUCACUGCUAUCUGACGUAAAUGAUGUUGCUCCAAGUUUUACAGCAGCAGAGUUGGUAAAUAAAAAGGAAUCAUCAUUUACAUCGGUGUCUGUAAUAAAUGAUGUGAGGUUACUAUUUACUCCACCAUCGUCUGUAAUUGACAAUAAGUCAACAUUUACAUAUACUCAUAAAGUAGACGACAGUGGGACAACAAUUACUGAAGAAUCAUGGGUUGAUAAAUUUGUAACUUCGUUUAAUGCUGAAACCUUGCACCGCUUAGGGGUAUCGACAAUUAUUACACCAUCUUCAGAAAACAAUAAUAAAUCAAUCAUUACUUUGCCAUUUUUGCUAACCGAAGUUCACUCAUUAGUUACAGCUUCUUUUUCUAUAACUAACGACAAGUCAGCAAAUGAUUUAUCGAUUUUCGGCAUUAAAGUUUUGUCAUUAUUUACUACAGUGUCUUCUGUAAAAGAAACUGCUACAUUAGAUUCAGUAUUUUCGGAUACUCAAGUUGUGUCAACUUUAACGGUAGCUACCUCAGAAAAUAAAGUUGAGUCACAAUUAUUUUCAGCAGCUUCGUAUGUAGAUGAUGAUGCGUCAACAUUAAUGACACUCUCAACAGAACGUAAAUUUGAGUUAACAUCUACUUCAGCUCUUUUAUCAACUAAAGUUUGGUCCCCAUUUGCUGACGCUGAUUUAACAUUGUAUAAAGCGUCCUCAGUGUUUGAUUCAGGGUCAACAUUUAUAACAGUCCCUUUCUCUCAUGAGGUUCGGUCAACAUUUUAUAAAGUGUCUUCGAAACAUGACAUUGAGUCGACUUUAGCUGUUGAAUCUUCAGAAAAUAUCGUUCCUACGACAACUACAGGAUCAACGUCUGAAAAUAGCGUGGCAACACCUUUAAGUAUAGCUGUCUUGGAAAAUACAAAUGGAACAUUAAUUGCACCUUCUUUAAUAAACAUGACAAGGUCACCAAUAACCGCAGGAUAUUCAGUAAUUGACGAUCAGUUAAUAUUUACAGCAUCUAGUUCUGUCAAAGCAGUUUGGGCAAAAAUCACGUCAGCAUCUAUGGUGAACGAGGCUGGAGCAUUGUCUUCUGUUCAAUCCUCAGUCCAUGAAGGUGUUUUAACUUCUGCAUUGGUGUCUGCACAGUCCUCAGUCCAUGAAGGUGUCUUAACUCCAUAUGUAAUAUCUUCUAACAAAAACGACCAAACAACUUUUACAACAUUUUUGGAAACUGAAAUUAUGUCAAUGUUAACUGCAGAAUCUUCUGUAAAAGAAACCUUUAUUACACCCCUUGUCGCAUUUUCGGAUUAUAAAGUUAUUUCAUUAGUUGCUGAAAUAUACACGGUAGAGGAAGUUGAGGCAAAAUUCCCUACAUCUUCUGUAAAUGAUGUUCAUUCAAAAAGUUUAGAACCCUCUACAGCAAAUUACGUUGCUCCAAGUUUUACUACAGCUGAGUUCGACAACAUUAAGGAGUCAACAUUUACAAAAGCGACAGUUAUAACUGAAGAUACACCACCUUCCAUCUUUGACAAUCAGACAACAUUAGAUCAUAGAGUCAAUGACGUUAAGACAGAAAUUACUGAAGCAUCAUUAAUAAAUAAAUUUGAAACAUUAUUUACUGCCCAAACCUCGCAACAUCAAGUUGAGUCAAUGUUUACUGAUGUAUCUUUACAACAUACCGAUACAACUAUCUUAACAACACCUGCUUUGGUAAAUAAUGUUGGGACAUUAUUUACAACUUCCUUUAUGAAUGACGAAAAUACUACCAGAACUCUGUUAAAUAAAGUUGGUCCAACGUUUACUGCAGCAACUUUGUUAAAUGAAAUCAGUACAAUAAUUACUGAACCAUCUGUGUUAAAUAAAAUCGGUACAACAGUUACUGCAACUUCUUUGUUAAAUAAAGCUAGUACCGCAGUUACUACAACCUCUCUAUUAAAUGAAGGAGGGACCGCAGUUACUGUAACAUCUUUGUUAAAUGAAAUCAGUACAAUAGUUACUGCAACAUCUUUGUUAAAUGAAGCCGGAAUCGCAGUUACUGCAACAUCUUUGUUAAAUGAUAUCAGUACAAUAGUUACUGCUACAUCUUUGUUAAAUGAAGCUAGGAACGCAGUUACUGCAACAUCUUUGUUAAAUGAUAUCAGUACAACAUUCACUGAAACACCAUCCAUAUAUGAACAUGAGACAACAUUGACAGCCCAAACUACGGGAAAUAAAAUCUUGUCACCUUUUACAUCCCCGACUUCGGUAAAUGAGACAACUUUUACCUCUUAUAUUGUAAAUGAAGCUGGGUCAACAUUUACUCCAGCUUCCUGGAAAACUGAAGCUAAGUCUCUGUCAACUUCUACUCCAUCGUCUACAGUAAAUAAAGAUGAGUCAACAAUUACUGCAAUGCCUUCUGUACACAAAAUCAUAACGAAUUCCUACGGAAUGGUUUUGGAAAACGAAGUUCUGUCUCUAUUUACAAAAGAGUCUUCUAUAAAUGUAGAUGAGGCAACAUUUGGAGCACCUUUAUCAGAAAACAAAGAAGAAAAAACUUUUUCUACGGCAUUUUUAUAUAAUGCCGUUGGUUCAACAUUUACUACAGCUUCUACCAUACAAGACGAUCUAUCCAUUUUUACAUUAGCAUCUCCAAACCAUCAAGGUGUGUCAACAAUUACUACAUUAUAUUCUUUAAAUGAAAAUACAUCAACUUCUACUGCAGUGCCAUCAUUAAACGAAGUUGCGUCAUAUGUUACUGUAAACGACGUCGAUUCAACAUUCACUGAACAAUCAACAUUUAAAUAUGCGUAUUCAACAGAUUCAGUAUCAACCUCGAUAAAUUAUGUUGAUCCAAGUUUCACUGAAGCAGUGUUGGUAAAUAAGAAUUGGUCAUUAUUUACAUCGGCGUCUUUUAUAAAUCAAGUUGAAUUAUCGUUGACAGGACCACCCUUCUCAAAUGACAGUCAGUCAACAUUUACAGUUGAUAAUAACGUAAAUGAUAAUGGGUCUAAAAUAACUGAAGCAACAUUGACAAAUAACUUUGACACAUUAUUUACUGCCGAAACCUCGCAACAUCUAGUUGAGUCAGUGUUUAAUGAUGCAUCUUUAGAAAAUACCGAUAACACCAUCUUUCCUUUACAUUCUUCAGUAAAUAAAGUUUCGUCAUUAUUUACACCUUUUUCUUCUGUAAAUGACGAUAAAACAACAUUUACUGUACAAACUUCACCAUCUUCAACAUCACAAUCUCCAACAUCACAAUCUCCAACAUCACAAUCUCCAACAUCACAAUCUCCAACAUCAAAAUCUCCAACAGUUACAACAGUUUCUCAUGUAACUUAUAUUGCAUCAACAUUUGCAGCACACACUACAGAAAGUAAAGUUUGGGAAACUUUUACAGCAGAAUUUCUUAAUGUUGCUUUUUUGUCUGCAUUUGCUACACUUUCUUAUGUAAGUGACGAGACGUUAAGAAUUACUGCAUCUUCUGCAAAUCUUUUUUUAUCAACAUCUCCUACGUCAUAUUCGGAAAACAAAGUUGCGUCCCCUUCUUCUACUAUAGUUUCAUCCGUAAAUGAAUUCUCAAACCAUGAAUAUGAUCCAACUACUGUUGUAGCAUCUUCAAAAAAUAACAAUAAAAUCAAUUUUGUAUCUAAAGAAGAUGGAUCUUUGUUAACAGCAUCUUUUUCUCUAAGUCAUGAUCAGUCAACAUUUACUGCAGGUGAAGUUGGAUCAAAAAAUAAUGCAGUAUCUCCGUUAAGUACAGCUGACAUGGUAAUUACUGCAUCGUCUUUAAUAAACGACCAAAAAAAUAAAUUCUCAAUAAAAUCUUCAUUCGAUGAAGUUGGGUCAUCUUUCACAACAUCGGCUUCCAUAAACGAAUUUACAUCAAUUGUUACUUCGUCUUUUGCUGUCAACAUAGAUGGGUCAGCAAUUACUGCAGUGUCUUCUUUCAAAGUAACUGCUACAACAUCCAAUACAUUUUGGGAUAAUGAAGUUGGGUCAGCUUUUACAGUAGCAACUUCUGAAAAUAACUUUGGGUUGACUUCAGCAGAAACUUUUUCGGGAAAUAAACCUGGGCCAUUAUUUUCAACAGCUUCUUCUAUAAUAUACGGUGAGACAUUCGCAGUAUAUUCAGAAAAUGAAGUUUUGUCAACAUUUAUUGCAGCAUCUUCCGCAAGUAACGAUCAGACAAGCAUUACUUUAUCACCAAAUGUUCAAGACGUUUCGACAUUUUCUACAUCAUUCACGGAAAAUGAAGCUGCGUUAAUUCCUACUUUACUAUCACAAGUAAAGGAACCUUGGUCCCCAGUUCCUGCAACAUACACAACAAACGCUGGGUCAAAUUUCACUUCACCACUUUCUGUAACUAGUCAUUAUUCCACGACGUCAGCGCCAGCCUCGGUCAAUUUUGUUACGACACGAUUUACGUCAACGAUCGUAGAAAAUGAAAAUUGGUCGUCAAAAACUGUGAGUGACGAUACGUCAACAUUUACUGGAGCUUCUAUAGAGUUUGAGACUCCAGCCGAAUCAUCUCUCCAUGAACUAAGCUUAAUUAUGACUACAUCAUCUUUAGAAAAGGACGAUAAAACACCUUUUACAUCAACAUCUUCUGUAACUCAAGUAUGGUCAGUAUCUACAGCUUCAUUUUCUGUAAAAGACGAUAAGUCAAAAUUUACUACAGUUACGCUGGGGAAUGACGAUGGAUCAACAUUUACCGGAGCAUCUUGGUUAAAUAUAAUUGAUAUACCAAUUAUUGCAACAUCUUUACUUAAUGAACACAAAACAACACUUACAACAACUUCUGUAUUUGAUGACGUUUGGUCAACCGUGACAUCGCCAUCAUCUACAAAAAAGAUUGCACCAUUUCUUAAUUCACUUUCUAUUGUAAAUGAAGAUUGGUCGACAUUUACAGCUGAAUCUUCUGUAAAAGAAAUGUUUACAAAAUCAAAUGCAUUAUCUUUAAAUAUUGAAGUUGGGUUAGCUUUUGCAUCUGCAACUUCUGUGAAUAAUUUAGGGUUGGCUACUAUUGAAACGUCUUUGGAGAAUAAAACUUCCCUAAGUUACGAGGUGUCAAACUUUGCAGCACACUCGGACGUUGCAGUUGAGAAAACGCUUACAUCAUCAUUUCCACAUCAGACUGUCGGAUUAACAUUUACUCAACCAUCUUCUGCAAUUAAUGAUCAAACAAAAUUUACUGUAGUUAGUUCGAUCAAUCCAAGUUGGAUACAAACCACUGAGGCAUUUAUAGUCAAUACGCCUAAAACAUUCAUUACUCCAGUAACCUUGUUUAGCGAACAUGGCUUUUCUUCAGCUACAUCAUCUUCAGAAAAUACCAAUACAAUAACUUUAACAUCACCAUCACCAUCUCCUGUAAAUGAACAUGUAUCAUUAUUUACAGCUCCAUUUCCUGUAAAUGAUGAACUGUCAUCUACUGCAGCUAGUUUCUUGAUUAAAGAAGUGUCAACAUUUACAGAAACUUCUUUGUUAAAUACAAUUCAGAUCACAACUACUGCAACAUCUUUGAUAAAUAAUGAUGAAACAACAUUUAAAAUCACACUUUUAACGGAUGAAAUUUGGUUAUCUUUAACAUCAACUUAUUCUAUAAAUAAAGUUUCAUCAAUGUUUAUUUCACCGUUUGAUGCAAACGAAUAUUGGUCAACAUUUACUACACUAUUGUCUGUUAAAGAAUAUACUACACCAACCAGAGAAGCUUCUUCCGAUAUUGAAGUAAGGUCAGUUUUUGCUGCAGAAUCUUCUAUUUAUAGUUUUGAGUUGAUGUUCAAUGCAGCUUUGUCGGAAAAUGAAUCAGGACCAUUAUUUACAUCAGCAUCUCGUGUUACUUACGAUAAAUCAAAAUUUGCAACUUCCGCAAAAGAAAGUGAAACUGUAAACCUUUUAGCAGCAAAGGUUCCAAACGAUGUUAUAUGGACACUGUUUACUACAGCUACUUCUGUAAAUGACGAGAUGUCAACAAUUACUGUCUCAUCUCCAAAUCUUCAAAUCGUAUCAACAUCCCCUACAUCAUAUAGUAAAAAUACAAUUAUGUCAAAUUCUGCUACAUUAUCAUCGGUCAAUGAAGUUGAUUCACAUGUUGUUGCGACACAUACGGUAAACGACGUGGGGUCAGCAUUUUCUACACCACUUUCAGUAAACAAUCUUCUUUCUACAAAUUCACAACUGUCUUCAAUAAAAAAAUUUGAGACAAGUUUUACGACAGCAGUCAUGGAAAAUUACAAUGGGUCAACAUCUACUAUACUAUCUGCUACACUUAACUAUCAGUCAACGUUUACUUCAGGUAGUUCAGUCAAAGAACUUCUGACAAUUAUACCAGAAUCUGUGGUACUUGAGGCUGAAGCAUUAGCGACAGCCCAAUUAUCGGGGCAUGAAGAUGGUCUAAUUAAAAGUACAGCAUCAUCGGAAAAUGAUGUUAAAACAAUAUUUACAUCGCAAACCUGGGUAAAUAAUAUUGAUUCACUAUUUACUACUUCUUCUGUAAAUGAAGAUAAUUCAAUAUUAAGUAAAAUUAUGUUGGUGACUGAACCUGGGUUCACAUACAUUGUUUCUUCCUCUGUAAAUGAUGAUCACUCUACAUCGAUUUCUUCUGAAAAUGUUGAUCAGUCUACAUCGAUUUCUUCUAUAUAUGAUAACCAGUCUACAUCGAUUUCUUCUGUAAAUAAUGAUCACUCUACAUCGAUUUCUUCUGUAAAUGUUGAUCACUCUACAUCAAUUUCUUCUGUAAAUGUUGAUCACUCUACAUCAAUUUCUUCUGUAAAUGUUGAUCAAUCUACAUCGAUUUCUUCUGUAGUUGUUGAUCACUCUACAUCAAUUUCUUCUGUAAAUGUUGAUCACUCUACAUCGAUUUCUUCUGUAAAUGUUGAUCACUCUACAUCGAUUUCUACUGUAAAUGUUGAUCACUCUACAUCAAUUUCUUCUGUAAAUGUUGAUCAAUCUACAUCGAUUUCUUCUGUAAAUGUUGAUCACUCUACAUCAAUUUCUUCUGUAAAUUUUGAUCACUCUACAUCAAUUUCUUCUGUAAAUGAUGAUCAGUCCAAAUCGAUUUCUUCUGUAAAUGAUGAUCAGUCUACAUCGAUUUCUUCUAUAAAUGAUGAUCAGGCUACAUCGUUUUCUUCUUUAAAUGAUGCUCUGUCUACAUCAACAGCAGCUACAUUCGUGAAUGAAGAUGGAGCAACAUUUACCGAAGCAACUUCGUUAAACAAAACUGACAUGACAAUUACUGCAACAUCUUUACUAAAUGAACACGAAACCACAUUAACGGCUAUAGAUUUAGUCAAUAACGUUUGGCCCCCUUUGAUAUCUUCAAUUAAUAAAGCUGUAUCAAUUACUACAACACCGUCUACUGAAAAUAAAGAUGGGUCACCUUUUACCACAGCAACUUCUGUCAAUGAAAUUGUUACAACACCCAACUCAGCUUCUUUCGAUAUUAAAGUUGUUUCGGCUUUAACUUCAGUAUCUUCAGAAGCUACUGAAUCUAACUUUACAGGUACACGCUCAGAAAAUGAAAUUGUGUCAGUAUUUACUUCAACAAAUCUGGUAAAUGAAAAUGCGUCAACGCUUACUUCAACAUCUUCCGUAAACAACUUUCUGUCGACAAUUAAUGUAUUACCUUUAGAAAAUAAUGCUAGGUCACUACUGACCACAGCGUCUAUUGUAAAUGACUACUCAUCAAGACUCGAAGAAGUCUCAUUGAAAAGUUUCUUUGAGUCAACAUUUGCAGAUGUACAUUUGACACCUGAAAUCUUGUCUAACAUGUAUACAAUAUCUUUGGAAAGUGACAUAGGAUUAAAACUUACUGCAACAUCUUCAGUAAAUAAUGUUCUUUCGAAACCUAUUUCAUCAAAUUAUGUCAAUGGUGUGGCGACAUCGUUCACUAUAGAGUUUUUGGAAAACAAACGUGAGACUAUUUCAUCAUUUAUAGCAGUAACUUCUUUAGAUAAAGUUUGGCAAACAAUGACUGCAGCAUCUUUAGUGAAUAUGUUUGAACCAUUAACAGCAGAGUCAUUCUUCCAAAACAUUAGCGUAAUUAUUACUGCACCAUCUUCAGUAGAUGCUGAUACAAAAAUCUUUACAUCAAUAUCCUCGGUUAAAGAAGAUUCAAUCACUUAUCCUUCACUUAGUAUAAAUGUAGAUACUGCAGAGCUUUCUGCUCAAGACUUUGUUACUUCAUCCAAUGUAUUCAAAACACUCUCAUCGGAAAAAGAAUUAGGAUCAACAAUUGUUUCACCACAUUUAUCAACUGAUGUUGGAUCUUUAUUCUAUACAGCGUCUCCGGAAUAUACUGUUGUACCAACAUUUACAUUAACAUCGACGGUCAAUGACGAUCUGUUAAACUUUACUGUUUCAUCAAAACAUGAAGCUGUAUCAGCAUUACAGUCAGUAAAUGAAAUAGCUUCGUCCUCUACUUCGUCAUUUGAUGUAAGUAACGAUCAGUCAAUAUCUUUAAUACAUAAAAUGGAAUCAACAUUUUCGACAUUAUUUUCGGAAAAUAAAGUUGCAGUAUCAUCAGUCGCUGCAACACUUUCAAUAAAUAAUCUUCAAUCAACACAUUCAGAAAAUAAUCCUCAUUCAACACUUUCAGAAAAUAAUCUUGAUUCAACACUUUCAAUAAAUAAUCUGGAUUCAACACUUUCAAUAAAUAAUCUCAAUUCAGCUCUUUCAGAAAAUAAUCUUCAUUCAGCAUUUUCAGAAAAUAAUCUCUAUUCAACACAUUCAGAAAAUAAUCUUCAUUCAACACUUUCAAUAACCAAUCUUUAUUCAACACUUCCAAUAAAUAAUUCUUAUUCAACACUUUCAAUGAAUAAUCUUGAUUCAACACUUUCACUACCAUCUUUGAUAAAUGAUAUUGCAACAAGUUUUACGGCAACAGUGUUUCAAAACAACAAUGAUUUAUCAUUUACUGCGACAUCUUCAGAUAUUGCCGAUCAGUCAACAAUUACUGCAUCUAAUUCUGUCAACGCAGUUUGGACAACAUUCACGUCAACAUCUUUAAUAAAUGAACCUGAAGCAUUGGUUCUUGACGUUUUCUUAACUCUAUCUGUUGCUUCUUCAUUAAUUACGGAUAAAAACACUUUAACACCUACAUCUUUAUUAAAUGAUGCUCUAUUCUCUUUUACUUCAUAUUCUACUAUAAAUGAAGAUAACUCACCAUUUACUGCAGUUUCUUCAGCAAAUAAAGCGGUAUUCAAUUCGGCAGUAUCGGAUAAUGGCAUUGUUUUAUCUGUUACUUCGCAAAAUUAUUUUGGGUCGACGAUUUCAGCAGUAGCUUCAGAAAUGGAAACAUGGUUAUUAUCAACGGGUGUAUCUUUUGUAAAUGAUGAUUUACCAACAUUAUCAUCACUAUCUUCUGAAAAGGAAUUAGGUUCAAUUCUUACUAGAACAUUAUUAUCAACAGAAGUUGGAUCGACAUUUUAUAAAGUGGUUUCAGAACAUGACAAUGAGUCAAGUUUUCCUUCAGUAAAUAUCGUUGUUUCGACGACUAUCGCAUCAAAUUCUGUAAAUGAUGUGGCGACAUCAUUAACUACAGCUGUCUUAGAAAACAAAAAUGAGUCAAUAUUAUCUUCACCGUCUUCGGUAACUUCUUUAGGAUCACCAAUACGGGUAGCGUCUUCUGUGAUUGACGAUCCGUCAACUUUUACAGAGGCUACUUCGUUGAAUGAAACCUUGUCAACAAUGACUGCGACAUUUUCAGUGAAAGAGUUUCAGACUUUAAUUACUGCUGAUUCAUUUUUUCAUAACGUUGACUCAACCGAACCAACUUUGAAAAACAGUGAUAAAACUAUGUAUACAACAACGUAUUCUGCUAAUGAUGCUGCCUUCACGUCAACUGUAGACAAAGAUAAUUCACUAUUUACUGCAGAAUUUCCUGGGCUAGAAACUGUUACUACCUCUAAUGUAGAAUCUUCAGAGAUGGCAGUUGUGUUAAGUGUUGCUAUAGCAGCUUCAGUAAAUACGUUUGGAUCACAUUUAAUUUUAGCAGCAAAUGAAGCUGAUUCACUAUUUAUAUCUGCAUCUUUUGUAAAUGUAGAUGCGUCAAAAUUAACAUCACUCUCGCCAGAAAUUGAAUUUGUAUCAACGUUUACUCGAUCGAAUUCUUUAACUGAAAUUGAGUCAACAUUUGCUACACCAUCAACAGGUGUUGGGUCAUUGUUAUAUCAAGCUUCUCUAGUGUAUGAUGGUGGGCCAAUACUUACUUCAACAUCAACGAGAACUGAAGAUCCAUUAAAACUUACUGUUGUAUUUUCAGGGGAAGAAAUUGUGUCAGCUUUUACUUCAUCAACUUUAGAAAAUGAAAAUACGUCUACUUUUGCUGAAGCAUCUCGUUUUAACAACACAAUUGGGAAGAACGUGAAUGUAGUAGCUUCAGAAAAUAUACCAUGGUCAUUACUUACAACAGCCUCUUAUGUAAAUGACGAUUCGUCAACAGAGGAAGUAGUUUCAUCAAGGAACGAUUUUGGGUCAAAUUUUUAUCAAACGAAUCUUGAACAUGACAUUGGUUCAACUUUUACUGCAGCAUCGUCAGUAAAUAUUAAUAUUUCGGCAGCUAUAGAAACAAGUUCUGUAAAUCAUGUGGCAACUUCUUUUAAUAUAGCAGGCUCGGAAAAUACAAAUGGGAUAAAAUCAACUGAGUUGUUUUAUCUAAACUCACCUGGGACACUACUAACUUCUGCAUCCUCUGUACUUGGCGAUCACUUAAAUUUCACUGCAGCUAGUUCGGUCUAUGGGGUUAAGACAACAAUCUCCGAGGUGUCUAUAGUGAGUGGGAUAGAAGGAUUGUUUAUGGACAGUUUGUCGGUGCAAGGCGCUGGCUCAACUACAGCUUCAUCUUUACAAAGUGGCAACGAAACAUUUAUAGUCAACUCUUCAGUCGACGAAUUACAGUCGAUUGCAUCAUCACCAUCUGUUAUAAAUAAAGAAGUUGCAUCUAUUUUUACUCCACCUUCUACUUUAAAUGAUAGGUCAACAUUUACAGCAAUAUCAUCUGUAAAAGAAAUUAAUACAUCUUCGGAUGUUGAAUUUGGGUUAUUUACAGCGGAAUCCUAUGUAAACCCAACAUUUGCACCAUACACACUGGAAAAUGAAGUUGGGUCAACCUUUACUGAAGCAUCUGUUGUAAGUAACAAUCAGUUAACUUUAACUGAACCACCUCCAAAACUUGAAAUUGUGUCACUUUUUCCUACAGCAUAUUUAGAAAAUGAAGUCUCGUCUAAUGCAGUAUCAUUAGUUAAGGUAGAUGGGUCACACUUUGAUGGAGAAAAUAUGGUAAACUUUGGGUCAACGUUUACUACACCACUUUCAGUAAAUAAUCUUCAUUCAACAUUCUCACAACUGUCUUCAAUAAAAGAUUUUGAGACAAUUUUUACGACAGCAGUUUUGGGAAAUAACAAUGAGUCAAUAUUUACUGUGUUAACUUCUGUAGUUGACGAUCAGUCAAAAUUUACUGCAGGUAGUCCGGUUAAUUCUGUUUGGGCGACAAUCACUGCAGCCUCUAUAGUGAACGAAGUUGAAGCAUUAGUCAUUGCCCAAUCCUCGAUCUAUAAAGAUGACAUAACUCCUACUACAGCAUCAUCAGAAAGUAACGAUAAAUUAAAUUUUACAUCAACGUCUUCUUUAAAUGAAGGUCAGUUAUUAUUUACAAUUCCUUCUUCUGUAAAUAAUCAACUGGCGACAUCUACUGCAGCUACUCUCCUGAAUGAAGCUGGUUCAACAUUUAUUGAAACAUCUUUGUUAAAUACUAUUGACAUAACAAUCACCGCAGCAGCUUUACUAAAUAAUAACGAAACGACAUUUAUAAACAGAUCUUUAAUUGAUGAUGUUUGGUCAUCCUUAACAUCGCAUUCCUAUUUUAAUAAAGUGUCUUCAACUUUGACCUCAUCGUCUUCUGUAAAUAGAGAAGGAUCGACAUUUCCUGCAGUAUCUGUUCUAAACGAAAUUGCUACAACAUCAAAAUCACCCUCUUUGGAUAGUAACGUUGGGUCAGCUUUGACUGAAGCAUUUUCUGUUAAUAAUUUUGGGACGACUUUUAUUUCAGCUUCUUCAGAAAAUGAAUAUGGGCUACUAUUUAUAUCGGUAUCUUCUGUAAAAGAAGCAUCCACAGUAUAUAACGUCGAUUCAAGAUUUGUUGAACUAUCUGCUGUAAAUUAUGUUCGGUCUAACUAUACAGUAGCAUCUUCACCUGAUGAAAUGUUGUCAACCUUUUCUGCAUCAUCUUUAACUAACAAUUUUAUGUCGAGAAGUGAUGUAACAGCUCCAGAAAAUAAAGAGUCACUAUUUACAACAGCAUCUUAUAUAAUCGACGUGGCGUCAACAGUUACAGCUGUUUCAUCGAGAAAUGAAUUUGACUCAUCAUUUUAUAAAACUUUUUCGGAAAACGAUAAUCAGUCAAAACAUUUUACAUCCAACACAACAACGCCGGAUAUAUCAUCCUCAAUUAAUAAUUUUGGGUCGACAUUUACUGAAGCGUCUGGGCAGAUGUUUACAAAAGCUGCUUUUGUAGAUAACGCCGAGUCAACAUUUACAGCUCAUACGUCUGUAAAUGAAGACGGAAAAACAUUUACUGAAAUUUCUUCAGAAAAUAGCAAUCAGUCGAGAAUUACGGUCUCAUCUCCGAAUAUUCAAAUCGUGUCAACAUUUCCUCCAUCAUAUUUGGAUGUUGAAAUCGCAUCAACUUUUACUGCAGUCAAUGAAGUUGGGCCAAAUGCUGUCGAAGCAUAUAUGUUAAAAGAUGCUGAGUUAGCAUUUUCUACACCUUCAGUAAAUAAUUUCCAUUCAACAAAUUCAGAACAACCUUUCAUAAAUGAUAUUGUGACAAGUUUUACAACAGUAAUCUAUGAAAAUAACAAUUGGUCAAUAUUUACUGCGAUAUCUACUGUAACUGACGAUCAAUCACAACUAACUGCAGCUGAUUCGGUCGAUGCCGUUUGGACAAACGUUACUAAAGUAUCUACAGUGAGCGAGGUUAAAUCAUUAAUUACAGAAUCAUCAGUAAACGAGGUUGAAACAUUACUUACUUCAUCUUCAGUGAACAAGGUUGAAUCAUUAAUUACCUCAUCAUCAGUGAAUGAAGUUGAAUCAUUAAUUAUCUCAUCAUCAUUGAACGAUGUUAAAUCAUUAAUUACCUUAUCAUCAGUGAACUAUGCUGAAUCAUUAAUUACCGCUGAUAAGUCUAUGCUUGAAUCUUCUUUAAAUGACGUGACUUCAUUAGCAGCUCUCUCUUCGGAAAAUAGAAAUGGAUCAACAUUAACUGCAGCUUCGACUGUGAUUGUGUCAACAUUUACCUCAUCCAAUUUGGUAAAUGAAAUUGUUGAAGCCACUUCUUUUAACAGUUUACCGACGACGAUUAAUGUAUCAGCUUUAGAAAAUGUAUCCGAAUCAUUAUUUAACGAAUCAUCUAACGUAAAGGAAGAAGCGUCAAGAGUCAAAGCUACCUCAUCGACAAAAGGUUUAGAGUCAACAUUUACAACCACCACUUUAUCAACUGAAAGCGGAUCAAUUUUUACUGAGACACCUUCAGUAAAUGUCGUUCUUCCGACAAUUACAGAAUCAACUUUUGUCAAUGACAUGGCGACAUCUUUUACUGAAUCUUUCAUAGAAAAUAAAAAUGAGACAACAAUAACGUCACCUUCUUUAGUAAAUCAGUUUGGGUUAACAAUAAGUGCAGCCUCCUCCAUAAUUGACGAUCAGUCAACAACCUUUACUGAAGCUAUUUCUAUUAAUGAAAUAAGAUCAUCUAUGACUGUGCCAUCUGAAGUGAAUGAGUUUGAAACAUUGAAUAUAUCCGUAACGUUUUUUCAUAAGAAUCCGUCAACUGUUAUUGCAGCAUCUGCAUUAAAUAUCGCUGAAACAAUCUUAACAUCGACAUCGUUGGUACACGAAGUUACAUUUACUUUUACUUCAUCGUUUACUGUAAAUAAAAACAGGGCGACAACUACUGCGGACUUUCAAUCACAAGAAAGUUUUUUAACACCCAGUGUAACUGAAUCAAGUAAUGAAGUUGUAUCUUCUAUUACAACAGUAACUUCGGUGAAUGAAUUUAGUUCAGUUUUUACUGUAGCAACAUUGGAAAAUGAAGCUGUGUCAUUAUUUACAUUAGGAUUUGAUGUAAAUGACAAUGCGUCAACGUUGUCAGCACUCAGUCAGGAAGAUAAAUUACUCCCAACAAUUACUGGAGUACUUUAUUCAACUGAAGCUGGUUCAACAUUUUACAAAGGGUCUUCGGUAUAUGACGUUGGACCAAAUUUUACUUCAACAUCGACGGUAAACGAUGUUCUGUCAAACUUUCCAGAAAAAUCCUCAGAACGUGAAGAUGUGUCCGAAUUUGCUUCAUCAAAAUUGGUAACUGAAGUAACAUCAACAUUUACUGAAUCGUCUAUGUCAUCUGAAGUUAGGUCGAUAUUUUAUAAACCCAAUUCGGAAUACAGCAUUGAGUCAACAUUUACAACAGUAAAUAUUGUUCUUUCUACAACUCUAGCAUCACAUUCUGUAAAUGAUGUGGAGCCACCUAUUACUAUUCCGGUCUUGGAAAAUGAAAAUAGGACAAUAUCAACUGAACAAUCUUUGCUAAACACAUUUGGAUCACCAACUACAGUAGUUGUCGAUCAGGCAACAUUUACGACACCUACUUUUUUACAUGAAGUUUUGUCAACAAUGAGUAUGAUAUCUUCAGAUAAUGAGUUUGAUAUAUCAUCUCCUGAAGGACAAUCGCUCCAUGAUGUGGGAUCAAUAUUUAUUUCAACCUCACUAAAUGUUGAUAAAAUAACCUUUACAUCGCCAACUUUGGUAAAUGAAAUAUUGACAUUAAUUACAGCUUCUUCGCCUGUAAAUAGUGAGACGUUAGCAUUCAAUGCAGCUACUUUUAUGAAUAAUGAUGAGUCAACAAUUACUGGAGCCCUAUUUGAAAAUAAACUUGAAACUUUAUAUACUACCGAUUUAUCACGCAGGCCAGAAAAUUCCGGUUUUACUGAAACAUAUUUAGAAAAUACUGAACAAACAAUCUUUACAUCAACAUCUUCACUAAAUGAACUUGGGCUAUUAUUCACAACUGCUUCUUUUGUAAAUAACGAUAAAUUAACAUAUACUGCAGCAUCUUCGGUGAAUGAUGUUUUGUCAACAAUCACUGAUGUAUCUUUUAUAAAUGGCCAGAAGUCAUUCUUUACUACUGCACCAUCAUCAGAAACAUCUACAAGUCAAGACAGUAUGAAUCUUACAAAUGUCCCAUUCAGUAACUUAUUAUCUUCCUUAGAUUCCCUUAUCUACAGUUCUAAAGAGUAUUUAAGUAACGAGUUAUCUACGUAUAGUGUGACACCAGCUAUAGGCCCGUUAAUUACCACAACAACAACUUUAGUUGAGACGACAGCCACGCCUGUCUAUGAUCAUCAGAUCACCACGCCUACUUCAGUCCAGCAGCUGAUGUCUGCGCCUUCCCUUGACAACCAAGUAAUGGCCACUGAUACUCCAGCCAUUCAGUUAAUGAGCACGACUUUGCCUGUCAUACAGACGGAGGCCACGCCUACUUCUGCAACAACUGUCGCUGACUCUUUCAAUCAAGUGACGACCCCGGCUUUGGCUGACACUGAUCUUAUGACGACUAUCAUGGUUACACCUGUCAUUCAGUUGAUAACCACGCCUACUACUAUCAAUCAGUUCAUGACCACGUCUACAUCUGCCAGCCAGUUGAUGAUUACGCCUAUUCCUGUCAGCCAGUUUAUGAACACGUCUACUCCUGUCAGCCAGUUGAUGACCACGCCUACAUAUGUCACCCAGUUGAUGACCACGCCCACUUCUGUCAGCCAGUUGAUGAGCACGCCUACAUCUGUCAGCCAGUUGAUAACUACGCCUACCCCUUUUAGCCAGGUGAUGACCACGCCUUUUAUUCAACUUGAAUCAACUAAAAUGACAACGCCAAAUGAUGUACGACAAACAACAACAACACAAACACCAUCUUCAGAAACUCAUCUGCCGGCAGAAGACACAAAGCUUUUUUCUGCCGUCAACGCAGAAAUAAAACAGUGUCGUUGUACAUGUACGAAUAAACAGACAACGCCCAAUGUUACACUGAAUGUACAAACUAAAGAAACCCUCACAGUACAAAUAAAAGAACGCCUCAACGUCCCAAAGCCCAAUCUGACAGCGACUUUACAAAGAAAAAACUCCAUGGACAACACGAGCCCAAGUUCUCAAACUCUCGGCCAGGUCAUCUGUAUCUCGUGUCUGUGUCUGGUCUUUGGUGUUGUGGUGUUGGCUGAUGUUGUUCAAACUUUUCGAUUUCUGUAUUCUAUUUUACGCUCGUGUCUUCGACAUGUUGGAGGAGUAAAAAUACACGUGUAA